GUCAUUUGCAAUCCUAUUAGAGCAAAUAUGUGUUGAUGGAUAUCAACAUGUACCUAUCUACUACGAAUCUUAUUCUACGUAUCUCUACACAUCAUCGACUAUAGUUCAUAUCAUACACCACCUAGGUAAUCAUCAUGAUCCAAAAGCCAACUCCCACACCUUUAACCUCACUUCGUGUCUCUCGUCACCUUAUUCCGGCGCACGGACUUAUCCCCAACACGAGCAUCCAAAACAAACCGCUAUUACACUAUCAUGAGGUUUUUCCUCCCUCAACACUUACCGCAUCUGCCAUAGAGUCACAUCUCACAUCAGUUGGCGUUGUGGAGCCUCAGUGGCGUUUUACAAUGUAUUCUGCUACUCCCUUCCACUCCACCACGCACGAACUGUUGUGCAUUAAUAACGAAAAGGCGAAGCUCUGCUUCGGCGGCGAAGGCAAUCCCGACAAGGUGGAGAAAGAGGUUAAGAAGGGCGAUGUAUUGGUCGUGCCGGCUGGUGUCGGGCAUAGGCUAUUGGAAGAUCUUACAGGUGGAUUUGAGAUGGUGGGUUCCUACCUGAAGGGCUACAGUUGGGACAUGUGUUACGGCAAGAGGAACGAAGAGGCCAAGGUACAGGUGUAUUAAAAAUCUGCCAUGGUUCGAGAAAGAUCCGAUCUAUGGAGAUAAGGGCCCCGUGCUUGAAAAUUGAACGUUAAGAGAGCGAUAUUAUAUACCUUCGGUGGCACGGUUAUUGUCUAAACUUCCUCUUUGGGGGUCAAAGUUAUGUUGGUAUUAGUGUGGUACGAAUGGCCUCACCGUAAGUCAAAAUCACUCAACACCUGAACGAUCAAACUCAUCAAUUAGACACUCCGAUACCGAAUGCUAUGACUUAAAGGUCAAACGACUAACGGGCGAGGGACAGGGCUGUGCACAUAUCUUCAUCUCACGGGAAUCGGCAUGAGGAGAAACAACAGGAUGAUCCAAUCGCAAACUAUUGCCUCGAUAACCGUCUACGAAUAUUAACGUGUGAGGGAAUGCAAAUAUGGACGUCAAAGAUGAGGCGUCGGCAUUGAUGACCCGUGGGAGAUCUUGUGUAGCCUCUGUUACUACGAGCUGAUCAAAAUGGAGGGUAUUAAAA